AUGGAUUCGCUGAAUGAACUUGGCAUUUCUACGAGUUUCGAUCCGUGUUUCGGUUUCGAUGACGCUGUCCACUCUGAGAAGUGUUCUACCCCGGUUCUCCAUGGACCUGACAAUACCAACCCUGUCGAUGGAGGGCACGGAGAUGACGUCCCGCAACACUAUGAGCCAGCCGGUGUCACUGACGAAGACCCGUUUGGAGCGGAGUACGAUAUGUUUACUCAUCAGAAUGUCGACGGCAACAGCAUUGGCCCUUGGGGUUCUGCUUAUAUCUCUCCCGAGCAACUUCAAGCUGGGACCUAUCCCUCGGCUGGGUCUUCUCUCCCAGCUGCAAUCGAAGAUGAGAACUACGCGUCUUUCGCGCCGGCCGCGGAGGAGUUGAAUCCGGCAUUGGAUGAUGGUACCAUCGAUCCGUCGGAUAUCCAUGAGUCAGUCGAGUACGACGACAACGAGCGUGACGACGACGACGAUGACGAGGGCGUGGAUGAGGAUGAGGAAGAGGAUGAGGUCGAGGCCUCAUCACUACCUCCAUCAGACGACGAAUACUCUUCUGGCGAAGAAGAGGAGCUGGCGCCUCCUCCUUCGCCAACAGCCUCGCCGUCGCCAGCCGCCGCCGCCGCCUCCGAGUCUGAUGAGGAACCAGAGGGCUGCUGCGGAUUCUGCGAUGCGCCUGACGACGACCUCAUGGUCGCUUGUGAGAAUGGACCUCCACACCAUGCCGUAGAACAGUGGUACCAUUUCUCUUGCGUGAGUGAAACGGCGGAGUCGCUGGCGUUGAUUGACCCCUGGAUAUGCCCAAAGUGCCUUGACGGGGGGAGCGAAUCUUCGUCGGAGGCGGACCUACCAUCAUCUCCUGCUGCUCCCGCAGCUUCUACCAAAGUCAAGAGGAAGAAGCUGAAAGACGCUCCCAAACGUUCAGCAUGGAGCCAGGAUGAAGACAAGUGGUGCAUGCUUGAGCUUCCCAGGAUCGACGCGGAGCUCAAGCGAGCUGGCAAUCACCGGAUUGACGACUUGUGGGCCGCAGUCUCGGCGUAUCUGACGAGUAAGUAUGGCAUGAAGCGCGGUGCAAAUGCUGUUCGCAGCCAGUGGAUCCGCCGUCUCAGGUUCGUCAGCGGGCAUGAUGAGCGCCGCGCCGCCAAUCCUGGCAGGAUGCGCACCAGCCUUCUGUCCAGCAAGAAACGGAAGGCUUCUGGAGAGUCCGAUCCUAUUACUUCCACUGCAGAUGCAUCCGCACCAGCAUCGAAGAAGAGAAGGAUUGCCUCCACCACACCCGCAAAACCAGCAACCUUGUCUUCCGCUCCAACUUCUUCCGCAAGCAAACCAACGUCCUCCGCGCCUACUUCCGCAGCCAAAGUCUCCUCCGCCAACACCUCCUUCGCUGAUGAUGCUCCACCCGCCUCCCCAGCAGCUUCCUCAGAGCAUAAAAAGAGCGGCUCGCCGCAAAGCAGACCCACCCUCGGCGGAAAAAGCCUCUACCCAACAGCCACGGGCUUAUCUGCAAAGAAUCUCUCCGGUACUAGGCCUACCAUCAGCGGCAAAGCUCCGCCAAGCUCGACUGUUUCCGGCAAAUACCUUCCUGGAACCAAGCCCACCGUCAGCGGUAAGCGCCCGCCAGGAGCUUCAGCUGUGUCUGGAAAGGUUCUCCCUGGCACCGCUCGCAAAGCACCCGUGAGCAGUGGUGUAACUCAGCAGGCUUCAAGCAUUCAGCAAGCUACUCAGCAAGCUCCCAGCAACCCCUUCAACUCCCGCAAGCGGCGUGCAGCUUCCAUCUCCGACGAUGAAGACGAUGACGACGACGACGACUCUGACGACUCUGAUGCCUACAACGACUUCAUCACCCAGCAGCCCCCCAAGAAAUCCGGCAACAGUCAACUCGCCAAGAAGAAGCAGCGUCGUAGCUCGACGACCCACACCUCGACUUUGAACAAGUACAAUCCGCGCUAUGACUCAGGGGGAAACGCCGAUGAAGACGAGUAUAGCUCAUUAGCCCCGGGGCUCUCGAAGUAUACGCCUUUCGAUCCGAGCUACACUUAUGAUGUCCCGCCACCUGCCAGCGCUGUCUCUGGUGGAGCUAGCUCUAAAGGUGCCGUCUCUACAGGUACUGGCUCUGGAGGUGCCGUCUCUGGAGGUGCCGUCUCUGGAGGUGCCAUCUCUGGAAGGCCCGUGAAAAAGACUCGGACUCCCGGUGCUGGUCUCGGAACGCUUGCCGAAAGCAUCCUUGGAGGUACUGGAGCUGGAACCACUGGGGUCAGGAGUGCUGGUGCUGGAAGCUUUGGUGCUGGAACUGCUGGCCUUUCUACUGGCGCGACAGCUGACACCACCACCGCAGCUCCCGGCGAGAGCGAUGAGGACUUUGCAAAGCGGCUGGAUGCACAGUUCAAUGGUAGCGGCGUUCCUGGCGCUUCUCGCACUUCUAGGCGUGCUGGUGGAAGGAAGUAG